UUUGCAUUUUCCGAUCGUAAAAUUCAACUGGAGUAAUCCGACGCCGGCAACUGACCAGAAGAAGAAGGAGGAGGAAAAUGAACACUGAUAUCACAGCAUCGGCAAAGCCCGAAUAUCCAGUUGUAGAUCGAAACCCACCGUUUACUAAAACCGUCGGUAAUUUCAACACACUCGAUUACCUCCGGCUCACCACCAUCACCGGAAUUUCUGUCACCGUCGGAUACCUCUCCGGAAUAAAGCCAGGGAUUAGAGGGCCAUCGAUGGUUACCGGAGGUUUGAUUGGGCUAAUGGGUGGUUUCAUGUAUGCUUACCAGAAUUCAGCUGGCAGGCUCAUGGGUUUCUUCCCAAAUGAAGGAGAGGUAGCCAAAGCCAAGUACAAGAUUUAACUGCUUCCCUUUAAUUUUCUGGUUCUUUUGGAUUCCCUUUUGUAGUUUCCCCGAAAUGUUAUGAAAACAGUGGGCAUUUCUCUCUUCUCAUGAGAACUUUGUUGAAAGUAAUAUCUUUAAUAAUCAGUCUGUGGUUACCAACUUAUUACGUUUGCUUGUUUUGCUAUGAAUCAUGUAUUAUUGUGACUUGCUAAUAAUGAUGAGUUGACAAUGCAUUAUUUGGUAUGAUGAUGUUAUGAAAUGA